UGUCUGCUGCCGGCUCGAGUCGUUCCAUGAGAACAUCGUUCGAUCGUGUGUGAGUUAGUGUGUAUUGACGUGUGUAGGUGUGUACGUGAGGUGAACAAUCAUAAAAACGUACCCACUGGGUAAACCUUCACAAUUACCGUACGGCACUUUAACAAACGUGAUAUUGUUAAACGCGUGACGCACACGACACCCAGUUUAAUACGAUACGGCCACAUCGACUGCGAGUUAUUUUACGUUUUUUGAUUGUAUUCCUUUCGUAGUCGAAUUUCACUGGGCAUCAAGCUUUAAAGUUCACCAGAAAAACUUGAGUGCUAAUACAGUCAAAUUCGUUAACAACAUAUUGUUCACGAUGUCUUCAGUAAAGUGGUUUGAAGGAAAUUCAAAAGAAGCAUUAAAACUAAUGAUGGAGCGGAAUUGCGCCUUUUUGGUUUACAUAAAAAAAGAAGAUGAUGAAUUUACAGACGCCUUCAAUGAUCCAUAUGUUGUAGAAUUGUUAAACAAUCAACUUGUUUUAUGUUAUGAAAUGGAUCCAACCAGCCAGAGUUUUACAAACUUCAAAGGCAUCUUCAAUAAUGUUUCUGUUCCAUCAAUUUACUUGUUAGAAAAAAAUAAUGUUCAACAAUUGAUUAUAAAAAAAGAGAAUAUAAUCAACACUCAUGAACUAGAAUUGGAAAUAAAACGUCAGAUAUUGAAUUCUGUUUAUUUUACUAUUAAAUGUAUAUCAGAUACUACCAAUGACGAUAUUCAAAAACAGAAACAUGUACAAUAUAUGACUGAAAUUAAUAAGAAGUUGCAGAUUUUUAAUAAUCCAACUAUAAACAAAAGUAUUCAAAAAGAUGCAGAAAAAAUUAAAAAAUUGAAUAUUAAUACAAAAAUCAAAAUUAAAAUUCCCUGCGAAAAGAUUACAAAAGUUCAAGAAUUUCAAACAAAGUCUACGCUUAAUGAUGUCAAAACUUUUGUAUUGAAUAAUUUUCAUCUUCCUGAAGGGCCUAUGAAAUUGAUUGCUCACAGACAAUUUGUGGAGGAAGAUUUCUGCCAAACGUUAGAUGCAUUAAAUUUAAGUCCAUCUUCAACAAUCUAUGUGCAUAUAGUACCAUCAUAUCAAGGGCUAUCCUCCAUACGUAAUUUUCAAUCUUGGCUAUUCAACAUAUUUUCUUUUACUAUAAUGAAACCAUAUCAUUUUUUUCAAUAUCAUGUUAUGAAUUUCAUUAUGCCGCCACCGCCAGUACAAACACCAAGAAUGCCCAACCGCCAAGAGAUGUCACAAACAAAAACAAAAUCUACAUCAUAUAAAUCUGGUUCUAAUAUUUAUCGAUUGAAUACAAAUGAAUCUGAUGAUGAUGAAAAUAAUACAUACAAUGGGAAUUCAACACAACAGUUGUAA